CAGGGUGGCCGUAAGUUAAAAAAAUUCUGCCUUUGUAGCUGUGAAUUAUCACCCGAUCCACUGCUCAAUUUGGCUAACAUAAUGAACUGCUUGGAGUAUCUUAGUUUGAGAAAUUGGCAACAUUUGACGAAUGACCACGUUCUACAUUUCGUCGAGCGAUGUGUACACUUAGAAUAUUUGGACGUUAGUUAUUGUCCUAAUAUAGAUGGAAAGUUGCUUUAUCAAAUAAUGGAUGUACUCAAGAAACAGGAUAGAAAUAAUGCAUUACAUAUCUAUUACAUGAUGAGUGGCUUAGAGGAUGAAGUGCGAAAAAUGAAUACCAAAAUUUGGCAAGCACUAGGCUUGGUUGAUUUAUCAAUGGAUUUCCCAGCUGGAUCUGAAAAAGGGCUGAGUCAUUAUAUAAAAACCGAUGAUGUUAAUGUUGACCUUAUAUAUCGCUCUUUGGAAUAAUUUACUAUUAAUGAUGAAAUGGAUUCUAAUACCAGAAACUAGUUUUGUGCAAAUUGCCGAUAGAGGGUAUUGAAUAUAUCUAAACCCUGGAUAUGUUGUUAUAACAAUAAAAACAAUAUUAUUAAUGGACCCUGGUGCAAACACUUUUGCCCUCCGAUUUAUUGCU